AUGUCUCUGGAUCUUGAAAGCCAUCUCACCUUUUAUGGUGCUUACCACCAUAACUCGGUCAAUGUUGCCAUUCACAUGGUGUGCAUUCCUCUCAUCCUCAUCUCAGGAUUCGCUAUGGCCACGUACAGUGGUACUCUCAUCCCAACACCAUCUUGGAUUACCCCCCCUUACAUGGAGCUUAACUUUGGCAUCAUUGGCGCCAGUCUUUACUCUCUAUUGUACCUGCUCUUGGAGCCAUUCGCGGGUUUCCUUCUGGCCAUCUUCUGCAUGAGCGGCGCAGCUUUCGCCAACUACCUCCGCCUGCAGGACCCCGACACAACCUUUCAGGCUGCCCUGGCCAUUCACAUUGUCUGCUGGAUCUUCCAGUUUAUUGGUCACGGUAAAUAUGAGGGACGUGCCCCUGCCUUGCUCGACAACCUUAUCCAGGCCAUUUUCCUGGCCCCUAUGUUUGUGUGGCUUGAGAUCCUCUUCAAGUUCGGAUACCGACCUGAGCUUCGAGCUCGUGUCAACAAGAAGGUCAUGAUCGAGAUUGAGAAGUUCAGGGCCAAGAAUGGUAAGGCCCAAUAG